CGCAUCGCGUCCGGACGAAAGUCUUUCCACUGCGCGCGCUAGUCACGUUAACAACGAUCGUGUUUGGUGCGAUCGAGGAGGACUGGAUCGUGGAUUGUGUUUUGGGGGAGAAAUUUUUUCGCGCGUUCCAUGCGAUCAAAUCUGCGGUGAAGGCGCGUGUGAUAAGGGGUGAAUGAUACGCGCCGCGCCACGGUAUCUCGACGACGAGAGUGAGAGUUGCGCAGCAAGUGCUUCGGCUCAGACUGGGCAGUGAAAGGGGUUCGACGUUCUUUGCCGGGACAAUUCGGAGUGUUGCGAAACCUGUGGGGUCGAGGCACCUCCUCCGGUGGUGGCAUCAAGAAGUGACGACGUCGAAGCCAAUUCCCGCACGUUGAUUGAAUUUUCGACGGUUGUUUUUGUUUCUCAGAAAUAACUCGGUGAAUUUGGUGCGGCAGACUACUAACUACCAGGCUUGGGCGUAGCGAUUUGUUAAUAGUGUUUCGGCUGGGAGGAGUGUGUGAUUUUGUACAAUGGCUUAUUGGCUGUAAACAAGAGAAGAAAUAAAGGCAAAAUCAUCGAGCGGUGAAAAUUUUCGCUUUUUAGAUUCGGUUGGGUGAAGAUCGAAUAUUCUGAGAUUUGGUGUUAUGUGAUUGUGCUAUUAGACGCUGCUGAUCGGGUGGAGUGUUUUUAGUUACGAAGAGAGACGCAGCUGGAAGAAAAUAGCCAACCAACAGUGUGGAAGAUUGAGUCUGAAAUCGAAAGGGGAAAACUACUCUAGUGUGACGUGAGAAGUAACGAAGAAGGUUAGAGAUGAAGAUUUAUGGCAUGUCAAAUGCUUUGUGGUCAUCAAGUGGAAAAUAACCGACAGGAAGUGAGAGAUUAACGUUGUAUUGUGCUUGGGUGAAUUUUGUUUUUCGGAGAACCUUGAGAAUUCAGUAGUGACAUUCGACGAGGACACACGAUGGAAACGAAGACGGAAAUUCGUUCAAAGCCUAUUUUGAGCCCAACACGCUCAUUAGAUGAAGGAUUUGAAAGUGACCCGGACCGCAUAUCAACAGAUUCAGAACUGGCCACGGCUCAAACAGCUCCGGCAUUUGACGUCUUACAAACAACGGACAGAGAUGGAGUUCAGCAUACGCAAAUUGCUCGGCGAAAUCAAGACAGCCCGCUGGCCAAAGACAGUGGCCCCGAGAGCAUCAUCUGUUUGGAUGGGGAAAUUGAAAACGAACUGCGCAAUAAACUGGAGAAAACGACCUUGGGUAGGCCACCAACAGGCCUUCCCAAGCAGCCAUCUGUUUCCCAUCAAUCUCAGCAGAUCCGUUAUCGGAGAAUCAAAACUCGGGCUCCUCCACCACCAUUGGGAAGCUACCACUACCAAAAGCGGUCGCAAUCCGUGGACUCUAUGAAUCGCGCAAAUAUGCACAAUUUGUAUAGUUUGGAACCGCCCGGAAUGUCUAGUGCCCAUCACGAUGUGGUCAAUGGCCACGGCGACGUUCUUGCCGGUCGCUUCGUACGCGUUGCAGUAGAUCCCCGUCACCAGCAGCAUCAUUCCCUUCAGUCCCACCACCAGCCCCUUAACCACCCAUACCGCCUCUCCUCGCUAUCGACCAAUAACAUUUACAAGUACUGUCACGCAUCAACGCCAAUGACCGGCCAACAGCAGCAUCUUCAUUCCCAUCCAAUUCACCAUCACCAUCUCCAUCAGGGAAUGAUGGUUGGCGCCAGCAGCAGCAGCAAUUCUUCCAGCACCAGUUCUCGCAGCAAUUUGUACUCGCUACCGCCGCAGUAUCACGUCGGAUUAUCCGUCCAGUCGGCCCCGUCGAACCAGAAUCAAUCGAACCCAUCGCCAGGAUCGAUGUCGACUCUAAUCCCGACAUCGGCGGCCUCGCAGGCCAACAGCGGCAGAAACUACAAACAUUUCAACCACGUUCCAGUAUGCUGGACCCAGUCAAUACCAAGGCAAACAAGACGGUACAUCACACCAACUGCCUUGCCCCAGGUGAUAGCACCGCCAAACAAGUCCACCGGCACCGGCAUAUCGCAGAAACUGCGGGACCUGGCCACCUCAGCCGGACUGCUGACGGCAAAACCGCGACCUCCGCUGAAACCCGUGAUCAAGACGCGCGGCUCCAACAGCACCGAGUUCCCGAAGAAGGUGACGUUCAGUGCGUUCGCAACGGUGCAGGUUGUUUGACCCCGGCCGGCCGCCGUCAUCGUCGGUGGGAAAGAACCCAAAGGACACAUUCCUAGAACUGCGAAGGAUAGGACAAACUCGUACAGCGACCAACAAUCCGGUUAUCACCAGGCGAAUAUCAAUUAUUUCAUGCAAUUAUCGGAAACGAUUUGUUAUUCGCGCUCCCGCAAUCGAACCCAAUGCAGAAUCGACUAGACGACUGUGCGGAAUGACAGCGUUAGAAGUAGAGAAAUAGCAAUUAGUUGUAUAUUGAAAAGGGAGCAGGGCGGUCGACCUGCUCCAAGCAAAAACGGAUCACAAUUAGAACACAGAGAGACGCACGUCACGUUACAUGUACCACACUCCGCACAGAUUAGAAACACACAACAUUACAAAGAUAGCAAUCGAAGUUACUCUGUUCGAUCGCCAAAUGAUGGUGGAUUGGUUUAGAACCGUGGUUUUCCUUCAACAACGGGGCUUAGGCUGGUUCGCCGACCAAAGUUAGGCCCAAUAUUUGUGAUUCACGAGCCAUUUUAGCUUUUACCAAUGUGGGAGUCCAGGGAAAAAGAUACUUAGUGAACUUGUCUGCAUCCCGAGCCCGUGUAGUUACACAAGAAGGAUUGCAGCAGGGAGAUAAUCUCGAGCAUGAAAUCUCCCGAAGCCGCAUCUAGCGCUGCACAUGUGUACGAUUGUUUUAAUAUUCUGCCGGAUUGGCACCGCCGCCGAAUCGAAAUGUGUUUUUUUGUUUUGUAUAAAUUGUACGAUUAAUGGUUUUUACUCUGUUUAUAAGUGCUAGGCUACUGUACAGUGAAGUCAAGUCUCGUGCCUCGUGGCGUGGAAGCGAGAACCCAGGAACCAACAGCCAAUUAUAAGACUUAAUAUUUCUUACACCUCUUUUAACUGUUCGUAUUUUUUUGUUCUUUUUAAACUGUAGAUAUAGCCCAUAAUAGCGCUAGUUUGUACGAGAAAAGAAAUUAAGGCAAAAAUAGCCGGCAGCACGCUGUCCAAAUUAAAACGCAACUACAUUCCAUCGAGAUAUGCGGAAUUUUGCUUAGAUCACAAUUUGCUACGUAGAUAGUUGAGAUGGUAUGCUUUGCUAUAUCACGUUGAACUUUAUAUACAAAAGUAUAGCAGUCAGUUACGCCGCGAAGGGAGUCUGAUUCAGAGAUGAAGAAUAAAGAAUCGAAAUUCGCUUUUUAAGAGCAAGAAUGUAAAGGAUGAAGUCCCAUUUACCCGAAUUUUGAAUUUGAUUGGCUCAGGCUUCCACGCCAAUCUCCCCCAUCUUCUGUUGAAAUGAGUGAAGCCUGAUAAAGAACCCUGGCUAGAUUGUCACCAAAAUAAAAUCAUUCGAUUUGGAUCAUUUUUUUUUGUGCAUGCUGGAACGGAGCUGUUGACUGUCGCUUGCUUUUAGAGAAAUGACCCCCGUAAACGAAAAAAAAACGUCGGCUUGCUCCGCAUUACAGAUCUUAGCAUUACAUCAUUGAAAUGUGUUAAAUAGUGCUCUAUUUUCGGGUCUGGGUGAUAUUGCUUCAGUUUCUCCGACCAUUUAAGGUCCCUAGGUCAUCUUGCGCCGUAUGCAAAAAAAAAAUUCAUGGCAUUCCGAAGGAUCCACGUUCAAUCCCAGACAAGGUUUACACUACACCUGCAAUCCGAGCAUCUGAACAUUAAAGGAGA